AUGAUGAUUGCCCCGCUGCCAGCCUGCGUGGGCCCAGAACGCCAGCACAUUUUACCUUUACCCACUGAGCAGGGCCUGGUGGGAGGCGAAGAGCCCAAGAGGGCUGCCUGGUACUGGAGUGCCAGCUCCGAGCAUGUGGUGAAGCUGCGCAGCGGCGAGCAGCAGCUGGAGCUGAGCGGGCGGCGGCUGCGGCGGCUGCCCAGCGCCGUGUGCGCGCUGAGCCGCCUGCAGAAGCUGUACGUGAGCGGCACGGGGCUGCGCGAGCUGCCGGAGGAGAUCGAGGAGCUGCGCGAACUGCGCAUCCUGGCGCUGGACUUCAACAAGCUAGAGCGCCUGCCCGACGGCCUGUGCCGCCUACCCCGCCUCACGCGCCUUUACCUGGGCAGCAACCGGCUGCUGGCACUGCCCGCCGACUUCGCGCAGCUGCAGAGCCUGCGCUGCCUCUGGAUCGAGGGCAACUUCCUGCGGCGCUUCCCGCGGCCGCUGCUGCGCCUGGUGGCGCUGCAGUCGCUGCAGAUGGGCGAUAACCGGUUGCGCGCGCUGCCCGCCGAGCUGCCGCGCAUGACGGGCCUGCGCGGCCUCUGGCUCUACGGCAACCGCUUCGAGGAGUUCCCGCCCGCGCUGCUGCGCAUGGGCCGCCUGCACAUCCUCGACCUCGACCGCAACCGCCUGGGCGGCUUCCCCGACCUGCACCCGCUGCGCGCGCUGCGCGUCUUCUCCUACGACCACAACCCAGUCACCGGGCCGCCACGCGUCGCCGACACCGUCUUCCUCGUGGGCGAGGGCGCCGUCGAGCGCAUGGCGGAGCGCGACGAGCCCACGACCCGGCCGCAGCCGCGGCGCCCAGCGCGGGCCUUCGAGGACGAGGAGGAGGAGGACCUGCUCAUUGGGGGCGGCGGUGCCGGGGCCCUGGAGCGCACGGGGAGCAGCCUCCGCAACCUGGAAGCCGCUCCGGAUCUGGGCACCUGA